GAGCUGUGUUUUCCACAGCCCUUCGCUGCUGGGGUGGGCACGGGGGCAGCUGCCCACACUCCAGCCCUCACUGCUAAACUGGCUUCUGCGGGAUCGCUUAUAAAUCGGAUUUAUCCUGAGCGAUGUGUGAGGCGAGGGCCGGGGUCCGGAACUGCUCGCUCAGGGGGCAGAAUGUCGGCAGCCCAGUGUUUGGGCUGCUGGGUGGCCCUUGUCCCCCCCCCGGGCAGGGGAGGGGGCUGUCUGGGACACAGAGGUUGGGGCCAGGCGCGGCGGGAGGAGAGCCUGAAGGAAGAUACGUGUGAUGGUUAGGACUGGUUUAGCUCAGGUUUAACCCUGGCAGUCUGGGCUGCUGCCAAGGGGAAGGUUGAAGGGUGUGCAGCCAUGGCUGAGCGGGGAGAUCGCAGCCAGCGAGUGUUGAGACUGAGCUGGAGAGCCCUGAGCGAGCGGCCGGGCUUGAUAAACCCCUUGUCCCGUCCUGUGCGGCAGCUCCGGGCACAGCCCAGGAAAGGUCUAGAUAGACGUGCCCCGCCGAAAAAGAGCUGACGUGCCCUUCCAGCCCCAUCAGCGGCGCGGGAUGGCCCGCUGCCCGCUCCUCCCCGGCAUGCUGCUCUGACCCUGCUCGCUGUUGUACGUCCAUCAAGAUGUUACAGGUACCGCUGCCCCUGGAUCGAGAUGGGAUCCUCUUCCGGCUCCGUUUUACCACGCUGGCCGUUGGGACUGUGUUUUGCCCACUCUUUGGCUUUCUUUUCUGUGUAAUCUGGUCUCUGCUCUUCCAUUUCCAAGAGACGACCGCGACCCAUUGCGGGGUCCCCAACUACCUCCCCUCCAUCAGCGCCGCGAUCGGAGGCGAGACCCCCCAGCGUUACGUCUGGCGUCUCUGCAUCGGCCUCCACUCGGCUCCCCGCUUCCUCGUGGCAGUCGCCUACUGGAACCACUACCAGAGCUGCCACUGCUCGCACCCCCGCUACCCGCGCUUGUGCCACUUCAACCUGCUGCUCAACCUGCUUGAAAACUUCGCCCUCCUUAUUCUGACGUACGUGUCCUCGUCUGAAAAUUAUGCAAUCCACGAAAAUGCCUUCAUCGUCUUUAUCACGUCGGCUCUGGGCCACAUGCUCCUGACGUGCAUCCUCUGGAGAAUGACUAAGAAACACACAGUAAGUCCUGAGGAGCGCAAGUCGUACAAGUGGAAGCAGCUGCUCUUCUUCUUCACCUUCAUCACGUUCGCGUUUGCCGUGUGCGUCUACUUCCACCACAACUGGUACUGCAGCCCUGGAGUGUACACCGUCUUCGCUUUCCUGGAGUACCUGGUUGUCCUCUCCAACAUGGCCUUCCACAUGACUGCCUUCUGGGACUUCGGCAACAAGGAGCUGGUGGUGAGCUCGCUGCUGGAGGACAAGCACUUCUAGCCGGCCGUGGUGCCGGUGCCGGACGGGGGGCUGCUCAUCCCCUGGGGGAGGCAGAAAGCCCCUUCCCCCUCCCGCUGCCCCCCGGGGUUGGGGUGUUUGCUGUGGAGCUGCUGCAAGGAUCGUCCCGGGUCCUGCCAAUCUGUGCAUGGUCCCUGGCUGCGCCUGGAGUUCUUUUACAGGGGGAACUGGGGGCUCUUGCAGGGGACCCUCGAGGCUGGGACCCCCUGCCCUGGCUCCCGGCCGGCUCCCGGCGUGGGUAGGAGGACAGAGAAGGGGGGCAGGUACCUGCUGCCUGUUCCGUUGGAGGAUGCUCCGGGCAGAGCAGGAUUGUGCCCCCAGCGCCGGGGCACGGCGGGGACCAGCCUUGCCCUGCCCCUGCUUCGCCUGGGUGCUCCCACGGUUCCUCCUCCAGGCUGGGGGUCCUCGGCCAAGGUCCUCAAAAACCGUGGCUUUUCAGGCAGCCUGGGGAGCAGGAGCACUUGCUGCCCCUGCAUCUCUCUGGUUGCACACCCUCCCCCCCCUCAAAAAGCGGAGCAGCCCCCAGCCUCGGACUUCUGGAGGCUGCAGGGGCUGGGGCAGAGCCGGGCCCGUGCUGCGGUGCGCGGGGCUGGGUCCAGGCUCCUCCCGAGCUGGGGGGCUGACCCCGGGUGCUGCUCUCCCAUCCGGCGCCGGGGCAGGGUCCCGGCCCACCCGUGCCCGUGGUGCUGGGACGGGAGCGUCGCCCGAGGCGCUGGCUGCGUGGGAGCACGGCGAGGGCAGGGGCGCAGCCGAGGCCGAGAGCAUCCCUGCUCUCCUGCUCUGCCUCUGGCAGAAGCCCCCUCCGGCGAGCAGAGGGUGCCCGCCGGGGUGCUGUGCUCCAGUUCCAGCCCAGUUUGGGGAGGAAGGGUGAGUGGGGCGAGUGGGCUGGUGCCGGAGGUCCUGGCUCUGACGCCCGUGCGGCUUCCCCUGGGCCGUGGGGCUUGAGCUGGCGGCUGCUGGGGUUCAGCGGUGCCGCUGCUUGCCCUGGGGGCUUGGUGGGGACCCCCCCAUCUGCGGGCUCUGGCUGCCAGGGUGGGUGUCGGGUGCUGUCGGGGUGGGAGCUGGGUGCUGGCAGGCUCUGGCUCGCAGGGGCCACGGCCGCAUCCUGUGCAGCGGGGAGCCGGUGCUGGGCUCGGAGCCGUAGCGCAGGGCUCGCUGCUGGAGGCUCUGGGAGAGGAACGAGCAGGGGGCUGAGGCCUGUCAGCACCAGGAGCCGUCGGGAAUUCGGGGAGCGCCGUGCCCGGGCUCCCAUCCAUCCCUGCUGCCCUGCAUGCGUGUGGCAUCUGCGCCUCGGGUUUGAAGUGGAAAUAAAACACCGAGUAUUUUUUGUGA